GUUCACUUGAAAAAAAUCCUGAAACUAAACAAAAUUCUUUAAUCAUGUGGCUUUAAUCUUUUGUCGGACCUAAUUUUAUAAUAAAAACCUAUCGUUCAGUUAUAUCUGCUUCAAAAAAUGCCCCAGAAUUCCACAACUGAUGAAAAUCAUCCAGUUUCCAGAUGGCGCAAUUUUCAUUUCAGUGGUAAAGUAAUAAUAUGCAGCGUUCUAUUUGGUUUAGGUCUUGUACUGAUUGGAGGGCUAGUUUUUGCCAUUGGUAUCAAUGACAAUGAAGACGAAAAACUAAAAGAAAAUACCGAUGAAAUCCCAACGAAAGCACCUUCUUCAAUAGUUGGACCUAUAAUUAUGGGCAUAGGAGGAUUCAUUGCAACGGUUGGAGUCAUAAUGUGCCUCUUCGAAACUCAAGUGUGUCGCAAACGUAAAGGGGAUGGUAGUCCACUUAUAAACGAACAAAGGAGAGAAUCACACGAAAAAAAUACAGAUCCCAAAGCAGUAGCGUCGACUUCUCGAAGUCGUGAUAAUCAUCGUCACAAGAAAUCUUCAUCUCCUCGGAGGUCUAAAGGAACCAAAAAAUCGCACUCAAAGAAAGAAAAAAACAGUGCAAAAUCUCCGUCGUUAAAAUCGCCACCCAUAAUAAUCGGAUCUUCUGGAAAUUUCUUGACUUCAAGUGAAAGUAAUUUUCGUACUCCACCAAGCUCUUUUGCAAAAGAUUCCAUAGCUUUCAAUUCAAAUUCUCACGACGCUGGAAUUCAGACUGGCACAUCAUUGAUGAAAUCCUUCACAAGUUCUGGUCCUUCUUGGAACGUAAGCACAGAGUUCCGAACUCCAGAAGCUUCUUUCAAAGAAACGUCUUCGUUAGAGACUAGUGUUCAAACCGACGAUUUGGAGACAUCGUCAUCCACUUUAGAUAAUCCUCCCGUUGACAGUUUUCUAAAGAUCAACAAUGGGUUUCUAACACCCGUUUUUCCACCAGAAAACACAGCAGCAGUUAUCAAAAAAGAAAUCGUAGAACAAAAUCUGGAAAACAGUCCCUUAGUUCAGAGCAGUUUUGAUCAAAAUAUUUCUAUUUUUAUUCAGAAAAAACAAGAAAAUAAAUCUGACAUUGUUUCUGAUGUGGAUGGUGUUGCAGCCGCGAGUUUUAUGCAUGACAGUACAAAAGGUGAGACAAACACAGUAGAUGCUUCUAUUGAACACUCCCAAAUCGAAUUGCUAAAAGAAGAACUAACUGAUUCAAGUGCGCAUGUUGUUCUUCAAAAUAAUGAAAUAGAUGAUAAAAUAGGUGUAGAAAAAGACAACGUAGGCAUUUUACUUAAUCCAAAAACUAAUGAAAGUGAAGAUUUAAGCUCAAUUCCAGUCGCUUCAAUUUGUAAAAAAUAUGAGUGUCAUGAAAACGAAGAGAAUAGAAAUAAAAAUAAAUCUGAACCUUCAGAGCAAUCCAACAUUUCUCAUACGGAUAAUCUUGCGAAAACUACUGAAAAAAUUCAGCAUGAAAAUGAGUUAGGAGUUACUAGAAAUGAAGAACACAUUGAUAAAUUGACCUCUUGUGAAAACGUCAUUGAAUCAGCUGAUACUAUGGAAAGAAAUAUUAAUGAUCUCGAUAUAAAUGACACGAGUAGGCCAGAAACAAUCUGCAAUUUUCUGCAUGAUACGGAAUUAAAAACAACCCGAUCUCUAAAUUCAGAGCAAGCAGAAUUAGUUGCUGCUUCUCCUUCUAAUGGGUCACCAAAAAGUAACGAACUAAACGAAGACGUUGGGUAUCCAACAGAGAAAAAGAUAGAUCCUAAUAAAGUCACAGAUAACUCGCACCUCAAUUUCAGUUAACAGCUGAUUACAUUUAAUAUGGCAUUAAUAUUUAUUUUUCAAAAACGGAACAAUUUUAACUCUACAUUACUAGAUAGCUUUAGUAUCGGGCUUUUACAUCCUUUAGUUAGAUUUCAACGAUGUUUAAAUUUUUAUUAGCCCUUUAAAGUUUUAACUUUACAAAAAAGGCUUUUUUCGUGUUCAAUUAAUUAUUUCUCAAAGCAGGUGCUAAUUUUUAAAAUAAAAAAAUGAGGAAGAAAAACAUUUUUUAGCAAGCAUCAGUUUUUGAUUCCUGCUUGUCAUUUAAAUACAUGUCACGUACAUGUUCUUCGCAAACUACUGCCUAUUCGGAUGCUAAUUAUUUGAUUCUUCUAAAUCGAAGUAAGCAAACAAAAUGACACAGACAUGUUUAAAAUUAUUUUCAGUUUCAAAUAUUUUGUUCAAUUCAAACAAAACUUGUUUAAGCAUAUACCUGAGAUAAAACAGACGGGGCUAAGACUGAACUAUAAGCAUAUUUUUGUAGUUCUGCCUUAGCCCCAGCUUGACGUGGUAAUUUACAGAUUAUCACAAGUUGCAUACUUUAACUCUUUGUUAAAUGAUUGUUACUAGUUUAUUUAAAGACGAAUAAUUUUAACUUCAAUUUAUAGUAUUUAUUAUGACAUCAUAUGUUCAAUUAUAUAUUGUGCUUGUUAUUUCCCAGAUUGCAGCUGAUUUAGGCAGCAAAAUUGAACCUGUACGGGUUUUUUGGAACAUUUUGUCAUUUGUAGAAGUCUUAAUAAAACCAUUGCACCCACU